GGGCGCCGCGCGCGGGCCUGAGAGCAGACGUGGCAGAGUGCGGCUGCAGUGCCGGACCGGAACCGGGAGGUGGCCGGGAGGGAGGGUUCGGAGCCAUGGCGGCCAAAGCAGCGGGUGUGGGGCGCUGGGAGGUGGUGAAGAAGGGCCGGCGGCCUGCGGCCAGCGGCAGUAGUCGAGGCGGCGGCGGGGACCGCCGGGCGCUCGGGGAGGCGAACGGAGUGUGGAAAUACGACCCGACCCCCCCAAUCCAGACCACAAGCACUCUUUAUGAGCGGGGCUUUGAGAAAAUCAUGAAGCGGCAGAAUAAGGAACAGGUUCCACCCCCUGCUAUGGAGCAUAAGAAACCAGAGAACAAGAAGCAGCCGAAGAAGGUGGCAGCUCUCACCAACCAAAACCAGAAGCAGGGCCGCUUCCGCAGCCUGGAGGAAGCGCUGAAAGCUCUGGACGUGGCAGCUCUGCAGAAGGAACUGGACAAGAGCCAGAGCGUGUUCUCUGGGAACCCGUCCGUAUGGUUGAAGGACCUGGCCAGCUAUCUCAACUACAAGCUCCAAGCUCCUCUAAGUGAACCCACACUAAGCCAGCAUACUCAUGAUUAUCCCUACAGCCUAGUGAGCCGUGAGCUGCGUGGGAUCAUCCGAGGGCUACUGGCGAAGGCAGCAGGGUCUCUGGAGCUCUUUUUUGACCACUGUCUGUUCACCAUGCUGCAAGAGCUGGAUAAGACACAAGGGGAGUCCCUACAUGGUUACCGCAUCUGUAUCCAGGCCAUUCUGCAAGACAAGCCUAAGAUUGCCACCACAAACUUGGGCAAGUUCCUGGAGCUGCUGAGGUCCCACCAGAGCCGACCAGCAAAGUGUCUAACCAUCAUGUGGGCGCUGGGUCAAGCAGGUUUUGCCAACCUCAUUGAGGGACUAAAAGUGUGGCUGGGGAUCAUGCUGCCUGUUCUGGGCGUCAAGUCUCUGUCUCCCUUUGCCAUUGCCUACCUGGAUCGACUGCUUCUGGUGCAUCCCAACCUCACCAAGGGUUUUGGCAUGAUUGGCCCCAAGGACCUCUUCCCACUUCUGGACUUUGCCUAUAUGCCCAACAACUCCCUGACACCCAGCGUGCAGGAGCAUCUGUGUCAGCUUUACCCCCGACUGAAGGUGCUAGCAUUUGGAGCAAAGCCGGACUCCACCCUGCAUACCUACUUCCCUUCUUUCCUGUCCAGAGCCACCCCUAGCUGUCCCCCUGCAAUGAAGAAAGAGCUCCUGGGCAGCCUGACUGAAUGCCUGACUGUGGACCCCCUCAGUGCCAGCGUCUGGAGACAGCUGUACCCCAAGCACCUGUCACAGUCCAGCCUGCUGCUGGAGCACCUGAUCAGCUCCUGGGAACGGAUUCCCAAGAAGGUGCAGAAGUCUUUGCAAGAAACCAUUCAGUCCUUUAAGCUUACCAACCAGGAGCUGCUAAGAAAGGGCAACUGUAACAACCAGGAUGUCAUCACUUGUGACAUGGCCUGCAAGGGCCUGUUGCAGCAGGCACGGGGGCCCCGGCUGCCCUGGGCACAGCUACUCCUGUUGCUGCUGGUCUGUGCCAUAGGUUUCCUUUGCCAUGACUUCCGGUCACACAGCUCUUUCCAGGCCUCCCUUACUGGCCGAUUGCUUCAAUCAUCUGGUGUCUUGCCUGCUAGCCAACAAGCGUGUGCCAAGCUCUACUCCUACGGCCUGCAAACCUACAGCUGGCUAGAGGAGGCAUUGCCAGCCUGGGGCUCCUGCCUGCUCACCAUGGUGCAGCCCAGCUUGCAGCUGGCCUGGGCACACACCAAUGCCACAGUCAGCUUCCUUUCUACUCACUGUGCCUCCCACCUUGCCUGGUUUGGUGACAGCCUCACCAGCCUCUCUCAGAGGCUACAGAUCCAGCUCCCUGAUGCCCUCAGCCAGCUGCUCCAUUAUCUGAGGGACUUGCUCCUGCUUCUCUACCAGAACGUGCUGCUGCCAUUGUGGCAGCUGCUGCUUGAGGCCCUAGCCCAGGCCCAGGAGCACUGCCAUGAGGCAUGCAGAGGUGAAGUGACGUGGGAGUGCGUGAAAACACAGUUCACCAAGGCUGCCCACUGGACCUGGCUCUGCCUGCAGGACAUCACAGUGGCUUUCUUGGACUGGGCACUCGCCAUGAUAUCCCAGCAAUAGGCCCUGCCUCCUGGCCACUGGUUUUUGUAUGGGCAUGCCAUCUGAAACUGCUGGGGGGGUGGCAGGGGGCAGUUCUGCAUAGGAGUCUUUUUUACUUGGUGCCUGAGUUCUAUCUCUUAGGCAAGUGGCCAGUCGCCCCUGCCCCAGUUCUUCCAUCUUCAGUGGGUACUGGGCCCAGUGGCCUCUCAGCCACCUACUCACAAUUCCACUGAACACUUCUCUAGCCCUGUUGCACACAGCUCCCAGCUCCUCUCUUGGAACUGUGAGAGCUGCUGCUCUCCACUGCCCUCUAUCGCGUUUUUAAAUCCUCAAACAGCUCAUCUUAAAAAGAAGGGACUGCCAGAGUGGCUUCUGUAUUCAUCUGACAAAUGAUUCCUGCUUCCAGACUACCCACCUCUUGUUCCCAUCUUAGUCACAACUUUAGCCGCAGCAGAAAAAGGAAAGAGACCUCCAGAAAAGUAUAGAACCACGUCGGGUAAUGGCAGCUUUACCUUUACCUGCAGUCUGGCUUUGGCUGUCAGUGGACACAGGGGCUGGGUGGAAAUGCCCGUCACCUCACAACACCCAACGUACCCUCGCUGCCCCCUCCGUCAGAGUCCUACUUCUCAGCUCUCCAUUCCCCUUCAUGCUGGGAGGCUCUGCCACAAGGCCCAGCUACUCUCCACUGCCCACACUACCCUCCAUCUAGAGAGCAGAGCCCAGGCAGCUGUGUGCCUCUGGCCCAGGAGACUUUCCAUCAUCCUGUUGAGAAGUUCAGCAUAUGGAUCUUGGGUGUGCCUACUAGGUGGAAUAAAAGACACCAACUUGA